GCCGGAAGUUGUGUUGUUUACAUUUUCCAAGAUGGCGGCGGGAAUGUAUUUGGAACACUAUUUGGACAGUGAGUUCAUUUUAUAUUAUUUAAACGAUUUAGAGAUAAGAAUCUGCAAAUGUUUUCGAUAGUUUAGCUGCCUAUUUGAAUUUAUCUGCAUGUUUAGUCAAUGCAUUGCAAGAAGGAAUGCUUUAUUUGGAUAAUUAGGCCGCUAGCUACCUAGCUAAUCAACACCAACGGUCGUUUCGCCUGUUAGGCAUUACCCUAACUAGAGUAUCAUCACAAAUUGAAGAUACAUUUGUUAUACCAAGAGUUGGUAUUAUUAGUGAAUAUUAAUCAGUCAAAAAAGUUGUUCAUGAUUGUUCAUUUCUCAUCACAGGCAUAGAGAACCUGCCAUUUGAACUGCAGAGGAACUUCAAUUUGAUGAGGGACUUGGAUCAACGUACAGAGGGUGAGAAAUAACACUAACUACAACUGGUACCGACCAAUUCACUAACGUUACUCUGCAGAGUAUGUGUGAACCACGUUUACAAUGCAUAAUAAAGUAGCAGCCAUCCCACCCACCCACAAGUUUUGCAUUUGAAUUGCCCAUGAUGAAUGUAUGCAAAUGAAAUCUGUCUCGCCUCCAUAACAACCAGAUUACCAGGGCUAAAGAACAUUCAUGCCCACGGUCCUCAACAAUUUACCAUUCAAUGAUCUGCUAAUUUUCCAACACUAUCAGAUCAUCUAGAACAAAAGCUGCACUACAAUUAUGUGAGGCAUCUUUACAUAUCAGUACUUUGUUGAGCUUUUGUUGGGCACAGCCAUGGGAUUUCUUAAAUCCAUUCAUACUUGUAAAAGCCCUAGAUACACAUACUUCAUUUAAAAAGAAAUGGUAUGUGGAAGCAAGUGACACACACAUCACAUAAGGCUGAUAUUCUCAGAUCAGUGGCAUCAAUAAAAAUGCUUAUCCAAACUUCUCACCCAACCCAUCUCUUUCUCUCAGAUCUAAAGGGGCAGAUAGACUCCCUGGCAAAGGAUUACACAUCCAAUGCCAGGACCCUCUCGUCUGAACAGAAGCUUACUAUUCUGAGGCAGAUCCAGCAGUCGUACAGCAAAAGCAAGGAGUUUGGGGAUGACAAAGUGCAACUGGCCAUGCAGACUUAUGAGAUGGUCAGUAGUAGUACUUUGGAGCACUGUGCUUCCUUUGUAUUGGAGCCUGUGUGGGUCAGUCAAAUGAAUCCUAAAGUGCAGUGGUUGUUCCCUAGGUGGACAAGCACAUCCGGAGACUGGACACAGACCUGGCCCGCUUUGAGGCCGACCUGAAGGAGAAGCAGAUAGAGAGCACAGACUAUGAUUCCACCUCCAGUAAGGGAAAGAAAAGUAUGUAUUUGAAGUGGGUGUGUGCACAUACGUGUCUGUUUCUCAUGAGUGUUUGCUUAGCAUCUUGGCACACUUCAAAAUAUCAAAUCAUUACUAGAAAAAAUUAUACAGAUGCAGUGAGCUCCAAAAGUAUACAGAUGCAGUGAGCUCCAAAAGUAUACAGAUGCAGUGAGCUCCAAAAGUAUACAGAUGCAGUGAGCUCCAAAAGUAUACAGAUGCAGUGAGCUCCAAAAGUAUACAGAUGCAGUGAGCUCCAAAAUUAUACAGAUGCAGUGAGCUCCAAAAGUAUUGGGAUAGUGACAAUAUUUGUUGUUGUUUUGGCUCUGUACUCCAGCACUUUUGAUUUUUAAAUUAUACAAUGACUAUGAGGUUAAAGUGCAGCCCCCCCCCCCCCCCCCACACACACACACACACACACAUAUUUUAGGGGACCAAAAGUCAUUAUCAUUAAAGUAGUCAAAAGUGUACUAUUUGGUCCCAUAUUCUUAGCACGCAAUGAUUACAUCAAGCUUGUGACUACACAAACUUGUUCGAUGCAGUUGCUGUUUGUUUUGGUUGUGUUUCAGAUUUUUUUAUUUUUUUUAUUUCACCUCUAUUUAACCAGGUAAGCCAGUUGAGAACAAGUUCUCAUUUACAACUGCGACCUGGCCAAGAUAAAGCAAAGCAGUGCGAUAAAAACAACAACACAGAGUUACAUAUGGGGUAAACAAAACAGAAAGUCAAAAAUACAACAGAAAAUAUAUAUAUAGUGUGCGCAAAUGUAGUAAGUUAUGGAGGUAAGGCAAUAAAUAGGCCAUUGAGUCAAUUGGAGGUGUACCUCUGGAUGUAUUUCAAGGCCUACCUUCAAACUCAGUGCCUCUUUGCUUGACAUCAUCAGAAAAUCAAAAGAAAUCAGCCAAGACCUCAGAAAAAAAAUUGUAGACCACAAGUCUGGUUCAUCCUUGGGAGCAAUUUCCAAACGCCUGAAGGUACCACGUCCAUCUGUACAAACAAUAGUACGCAAGUAUAAACACCAUGGGACCACGCAGAGGGGGAUGACCGCGGCAGCUUUCCAAUCUCUGGGUAUCUCAGACGUUACGAAAGAGAGGUUGAACAAGCUCGUAAUAGGGGUUGCGACAAUUCCGGCGGCUAAUUUUAGAAAGAAAGGGUCCAGAUUGUCUAGCCCAGCUGAUUUGUAGGGGUCCAGAUUUUUCAGCUCUUUCAGAACAUCAGCUGUCUGAAUUUGUGUGAAGUGUCCAAUAGAAAUGAAUGGUAAUUAAUGUUUGUAAACACUAACACUCUACAUUAAUGUGGAUGCUACCAUGAUUACCGAUAGUCCUGAAUGAAUCGUGAAUAAUGAUGAGUGAGAAAGUUAGAUGCAUACAGUGGGGGAAAAAGUAUUUAGUCAGCCACCAAUUGUGCAAGUUCUCCCACUUAAAAAGAUGAGAGGCCUGUAAUUUUCAUCAUAGGUACACGUCAACUAUGACAGACAAAAUGAGAGAAAAAAAUCCAGAAAAUCACAUUGUAGGAUUUUUAAUGAAUUUAUUUGCAAAUUAUGGUGGAAAAUAAGUAUUUGGUCAAUAACAAACGUUUCUCAAUACUUUUGUUAUAUACCCUUUGUUGGCAAUGACACAGGUCAAACGUUUUCUGUAAGUCUUCACAAGGUUUUCACACACUGUUGCUGGUAUUUUGGCCCAUUCCUCCAUGCAGAUCUCCGCAGUGAUGUUUUGGGGCUGUCGCUGGGCAACACGGACUUUCAACUCCCUCCAAAGAUUUUCUAUGGGGUUGAGAUCUGGAGACUGGCUAGGCCACUCCAGGACCUUGAAAUGCUUCUUAAGAAGCCACUCCUUCGUUGCCCGGGCGGUGUGUUUGGGAUCAUUGUCAUGCUGAAAGACCCAGCCACGUUUCAUCUUCAAUGCCCUUGCUGAUGGAAGGAGGUUUUCACUCAAAAUCUCACGAUACAUGGCCCCAUUCAUUUUUUCCUUUACACGGAUCAGUCGUCCUGGUCCCUUUGCAGAAAAACAGCCCCAAAGCAUGAUGUUUCCACCCCCAUGCUUCACAGUAGGUAUGGUGUUCUUUGGAUGCAACUCAGCAUUCUUUGUCCUCCAAACACGACGAGUUGAGUUUUUACCAAAAAGUUAUAUUUUGGUUUCAUCUGACCAUAUGACAUUCUCCCAAUCCUCUUCUGGAUCAUCCAAAUGCACUCUAGCAAACUUCAGACGGGCCUGGACAUGUACUGGCUUAAGCAGGGGGACACGUCUGGCACUGCAGGAUUUGAGUCCCUGGCGACGUAGUGUGUUACUGAUGGUAGGCUUUGUUACUUUGGUCCCAGCUCUCUGCAGGUCAUUCACUAGGUCCCCCCGUGUGGUUCUGGGAUUUUUGCUCACCGUUCUUGUGAUCAUUUUGACCCCACGGGGUGAGAUCUUGCGUGGAGCCCCAGAUCGAGGGAGAUUAUCAGUGGUCUUGUAUGUCUUCCAUUUCCUAAUAAUUGCUCCCACAGUUGAUUUCUUCAAACCAAGCUGCUUACCUAUUGCAGAUUCAGUCUUCCCAGCCUGGUGCAGGUCUACAAUUUUGUUUCUGGUGUCCUUUGACAGCUCUUUGGUCUUGGCCAUAGUGGAGUUUGGAGUGUGACUGUUUGAGGUUGUGGACAGGUGUCUUUUAUACUGAUAACAAGUUCAAACAGGUGCCAUUAAUACAGGUAACGAGUGGAGGACAGAGGAGCCUCUUAAAUAAGAAGUUACAGGUCUGUGAGAGCCAGAAAUCUUGCUUGUUUGUAGGUGACCAAAUACUUAUUUUCCACCAUAAUUUGGAAAUAAAUUCAUUAAAAAUCCUACAAUGUGAUUUUCAGGAUUUUUUUUUCUCAAUAUGUCUGUUAUAGUUGACGUGUACCUAUGAUGAAAAUUACAGGGCUCUCUCAUCUUUUUAAGUGGGAGAACUUGCACAAUUGGUGGCUGACUAAAUACUUUUUCCCCCCACUGUAAAUAUCAUACCCCCCCCCCCAAAAAAUGCUAAACCUCCCCUGUUAUUGUAAUGGUGAGAGGUUAGCAUGUCUUGGGGGUAUGAUAUUUGUGUGUCUUAACUUUCUCACUCAUCGUUAUUCACAAUUCAUUCAGGACUAUCCGCUAUGUUUUGAUAUUUCAGGCGAGUCCAGGGGGCUGAAAGAGAAGAAGGUAGCUAAAACGCGUUCUAAAGUGAAGAGCUCAGAUGAAGAUGGCAGUCCGAAGAUUGCGCAGAAGAAAGUCAAACUUCUCCAACCGUACGUUUAUUAUUGUGCACUCUAUCACUUCCUUGCUUGAAGACAAUCUCCUUCAUUGGCCUUCAUUUUGUGUGUGUGUACUCACCCACCCCUCUCUCUCAUUGUCAGGGGGGAGUUCACUGCUCCAGCUGCUAACUUUGGGAACGUGCAUCCCUCUGACGUGCUGGACAUGCCAGUGGACCCCAACGAGCCCACCUACUGCCUGUGUCACCAGGUGUCCUAUGGAGAGAUGAUUGGCUGUGACAACACAGAUGUGAGUUUCCCCAGAAACCUCCCCUGAGUUUCCCCCAGUGUGUGCACUGACCUGACCUAUAUUGUUUUGUGUUGAUCCUGGUUCUUGAAAACUACAGUGUGUGCGGACUUCAUCAAACCCCUGUGUUGAUUGUAUUUGCAGUGUUCCAUCGAGUGGUUCCACUUUGCCUGCGUGGGCCUGACGACCAAACCAAGAGGGAAAUGGUGAGGGAAUCAGUUAACCUACACAGACUAACCAUACAAUACUAUACUCACUGGCCAGUUUAUUAGGUACACCCGUCUAGUACAGGGUCGGACCCCUCUGUCUCCAGAAUAGCCUGAAUUCUUUGGGGCAUGGCUUCUACAAGUCGGAAACGUUCCAUGCUGACGCCAUGGCAUCACGCAGUUGCUGCAUAUUGGACAGCGGUACGCUGUUGACACCAGGCAGGAUGGGUUCAUGGACUUAUGCUGCUUAUACUAAAUCCUGACACUGCCAUCAGCAUGACGCAACAGAAACCGGUAUUCGUCGGACCAGGUGAUGUUUUUCCACUGUCCAGUGUUGGUGAUAGCGUGCCCACUGAAGCCGCUUCUUCUUGUUUUUAGCUGAUGGGAGUGGAACCCGGUGUGGUCGUCUGCUGCAAUAGCCCAUUUGUGACAAGGAUCGACAAGUUGUGCAUUCCAAGAUGCCGUUCUGCACAGCACUGUUGUACUGCACCGUUAUUUGUCUGUUUGCGGGCCCGCCUGUUAGCUUGCACAAUUCUUGCCAUUCUCUUUCGACCUCUCUCAUCAACAAGCUGUUUUUGCCCACAGGACUGCUGCUGACUGGAUGUUUUUUGUUUGUCAUGCCAUUCUCUGUAAACCCUAGACACUGUUGUGCGUGAAAAGCCCAGGAGGGCAGCCGUUUCUGAGAUACUGCCGGGCAACGACGAUCAUACCACACUCAGUCGCUUAGGUCACUGGUUUUGCCAAUUUCAACGUUCAAUCGAACAGUAACUGAAUGCUUCGAUGCCUGUUUUCUAUAGCAAGCCACGGCCACGUGACUCACUGUCUGUAGGAGCGAUCCAUUUUUGUGAACGGGGUGGUGUACCUAAUAAACUGGCCGGUGAGUAUCUUACAUAACGGAAAUAGUGAUGGGAUUUUAAGGUUUACAACUGAAUAUUAUUUUUUUCUAACUCUGCAGGUAUUGUCCACGCUGCUCUCAAGACAGAAAGAAAAAGUAAGCCCCUAAGGUAGAGCGGCCAACCGAUUGUAGAGUCAGGAUACUACGUUAGUAGUGUAGAGAAAGGAACAUGAUUUUCUUUCCCUGGGAUAGUAUUACAUUGUUUAUCAGUCUUCUAGCAUAGAACAAUUGGUGCUUUCUUUUUUUGUUGACUUUAUUUUUCUGUCUUGGUUUAAUGCAGUGUGGAGGAGAUAUGUGGUUACAGAUGUAUAUAAAUAUGUUUCAAAGGUUAUGACAGUUGAUAGUUAGGAGAGUUGCAUUGUUUUAUUUUAUGUUUCUAUUUUUUUGUAACUGAACAAUAAACACUAAAAUUCCCAGAGUGAUUUGACAUAAUACUGUAGUAUGGAUUUGACUAGAUGUGAUUGACUGUAGUGAAAUGGAUUGACGUAUUGUAAUACAACCACCUCCUACAUUUUACUUUUUUAAUUUUACAUUUGAUAGAACUUGUUUAGAGGAUACAUUUCACAAGGGAAAUAUCAUCAAUACUGUAGCUGACAGAGGAACAUUUUAUUUUCAGUUUGAAUACAGCUACUACCUCAUCAGUC